AUGAUUGUAUCGUCAUUUCUAUUCUUUAUAUUUCUACUGGCACGGAUCUGCUAUGCUGAUGAUCCUGAAGUCAUCAGUUUGCAUAAGUCCCUAGUCCAAAUCCAAUCAACUACCAAGACCGGUAACCCCAAGACCGACGAACGCAAUGUUCAGGCCUUUAUUGAAAAAUGGCUCAAAGAUAUGGGAACAAGAAAUCGCUUGAACAUCAAGGUUGAGCGCCAGGAGGUGACAAAAGGACGGAACAAUCUCUACAUCUAUACUGGUCAAAAGAGGCGUACUCGCGUGAUGCUGACGUCUCACGUCGACACUGUGCCCCCGCACAUCGAUUAUAGCGUUAAAGGCGACACAAUUUACGGACGUGGUUCAAAUGAUGCCAAGGGAAGUGUCGCUGCUAUGAUGAUCGCUUAUAGAGAUCUCCUGGUCAGUAAGCAGGUACAUGAAGGAGAUCUCUCCCUCCUUUUUGUCGUAGGCGAAGAGAUCGGCGGCGAGGGUAUGAAGGAGGUUCCGAAAUUGGGGCUGACGUGGGAUGCUGUUGUCUUCGGCGAGCCAACGGACAACAAGCUCGCCUCAGGCCAAAUCGGAGGCAUGGUGUUUAACGUUACGGCUACUGGGAAAGCAUCUCACUCGGGAUUCCCUGAGCUUGGCAUCAAUGCGAUCGAGCAAACCCGCGGGGUCAUGGAUGCCCUACAUAUGGCAUUGAACGACUUGCCUUCCAACCCCACAUACGGGAAGAACAGCCUCACCAUAGCACAGAUCAGUGGAGGUGUGGCAGACAACGCUGUCCCUGCUAGUGCGUGGGUCUCCGGAUCCUACAGACUCACCGUCAAACCAUCGGAAGUCAUCAAACGACUUGGACCCUUUAUUAAUCAAAAAGUAUGUCCCCAAACGACUUCAAAGAAACACGACACAAAACAACCCUGUGAUUCUAUUACGGUUACGUAUCCGUUAGAGGAGGACCCGUUAGCCAUUGAUCACGACGUUCCAGGUUUCCAAACGUUUGCGGCUCGCUUUGGGUCAGAUAUCAGUAUACUGACCGGAAUGCAUAAAAAGUAUCUCUAUGGGCCUGGCAGCAUUCUCUCAGCACACAAGCCGGAAGAAUCUAUUACGAAAAGUGAGCUUAUUAAUGCGGUUGAGGGCUAUAAAAAGAUUGUAGCAUUCAACUUGCGAUCUUAG